AUGAAGUUCACACUCACACGCCGGUGCUUGGUACUCUUCAUCUUUCUAAAUCACCCAACCCCGAUUCUUCCUGCCACUUCAAAUAACACCUAUCCUCCCAAUAUGGAGUCCGAGCCAUUUCUGUACGUCCUAGGACGAAAGAAAAUGUCGGAUGCACAGUACAAAUGCUAUGACCGCAUGCAGCAGUUACCCUCAUACCAAGGAGAAGGUCCAUAUUGCAACCGCACGUGGGAUGGAUGGCUGUGCUGGGAUGAUACACCAGCUGGAGUACUGUCCCAUCAGUACUGCCCAGAUUAUUUUCCAGACUUUGAUCCAACAGAAAAGGUUACAAAAUACUGUGAUGAGAACGGGGAUUGGUAUAAACAUCCUGAGAACAAUCGAACCUGGUCCAACUACACUAUGUGUAAUGCUUUCACUCCUGAGAAACUGAAGAAUGCAUACGUUCUGUACUACUUGGCUAUCGUGGGCCAUUCUUUGUCGAUUUUCACCUUGGUGAUUUCGCUGGGGAUUUUCGUGUUUUUCAAGAGCCUUGGCUGCCAGAGGGUGACUCUGCACAAGAACAUGUUUCUGACUUACAUUCUGAAUUCUAUGAUUAUCAUCAUCCACCUGGUUGAAGUCGUACCCAAUGGAGAGCUUGUGAGAAGGGAUCCGUUUGCUCAUAACAUCGCAUCUUGGCAGGUCAAUUUCUUCUUCCUGCUCAACAUCGUCCGGGUGCUCGUGAGCAAGAUGAGGGAGACCCAGGAGGCGGAAUCACACAUGUACCUGAAGGCAGUGAGGGCCACUCUGAUCCUGGUGCCCCUGUUGGGAAUCCAGUUCGUCGUCUUUCCCUGGAGGCCUUCCAACAAGAUGCUUGGGAAGAUAUAUGAUUACCUGAUGCACUCUCUGAUUCAUUUCCAGGGAUUCUUCGUCGCCGUGAUCUACUGCUUCUGCAACAACGAGGUCCAAACCACCGUGAAGCGCCAAUGGGCCCAGUUUAAAACCCAGUGGGACCAGCGCUGGGGGCGAAGGAACCCCCGCCGCCGCCCGGCCGCCGCCGCCGCCGCCGCUGCCGCCGAAGCCAGGGACAUCCCGGUUUACAUCUGCCAUCAGGAGCCGAGGAACGAAGCCGCGAACAACCUGGGCGAGGAGGGUGCCGAGGUCAUUGCUUUGGAAAUCAUUGAGCAAGAGUCAUCCGCUUGA